AUGGCGAGCUCUGGUCUCCUGUGGCUGGCCUUCACCUCCUGCAUUCUGACCUUGGCAUCUGCAGAGCAGCAAGGUGAUGAAUCACUAAUAGACCAGUACUGUUUUGACCCCUGCCAGAACUAUACCUUGUUGGAUGAACCUUCCAGAAGCACAGAGAAUAAAGUAGUAGAGGACCUGUGUGAUAAUGGCCUGCGAGGCUGGUAUCGUUUUGUGGGUGAUGGGGGAGUCCGGAUGCCAGAAACCUGUGUCCCGGUGUACCGGUGUCAGACGUCAUCUCCCAUGUGGCUGAAUGGCAGCCAUCCCUUCCUUGCGGACGGCAUUGUCAACCGCACUGCUUGUGCCCACUGGAGUGCCAACUGCUGCUUCUGGAGGCAAGAAAUAUCAGUGAAGAGCUGCCCUGGAGGGUACUACGUGUACCGCUUAGAUGGCACACCUGUGUGUAAUCUGAGAUAUUGCACAGAACCGCCCCCUGUGCAGGACUAUUGUGAAGGGUCCUGCCGCCCAGAAGAGGAGUGUCUCUUGAACAACAACGGUACUUGGGGUUGCUUCUGCAGACGGGGCCUCAACAGCUCUGAUGUCCAGAGUCUGAAGCCCCAGAUAGACUGCGGGGCCAAGGAGAUCAGGGUGUCAUUGGACAGGUGUCUGUUGGAACACCUGGGCUUGGGCGAGUUCAUCAUUGCCUACUUGCUGGACCGGAACUGUAGCACCAUCAUGCAAAGGGAGGACAGGAACCAGUUGUCCAUCACCAGCCCUGUCCAGGCUGGCGUCUGCGGGAACAUUCUGGAGAAAAAUCAAACCCAUGCCAUCUACAAAAACAAGCUCUCCUUGGUCAGCGACUUCAUCAUCAGAGACACCAUGCUCAACGUCAACUUCCAGUGUGCCUACCCACUGGACAUGAAAGUCAGCCUCCAGACUUCUCUGCGGCCCCUUGUAAGUUCCCUGAACAUCAGCUUGGCCGAAAAAGGAGAGUUCACUGUCAGGAUGGCCCUGUUCCAGGACGAGAACUACACGUCUCCUUAUGAAGGGGCCAAGGCUGUGCUGCUGUCGGUAGAAUCCAUGCUCUAUGUGGGCGCCGUCUUGGAUGAAGGGGACACCUCCAGGUUCCACCUGUUGCUGAGGAAUUGCUAUGCGACACCCACAAAAGCCAGAGAUGACCCUGUGAAAUAUUUCAUCAUCAGAAACAGCUGCCCCAAUUUCCAGGAUUCUACUAUCUACGUGGAAGAGAAUGGGGUGUCUGCAGAAAGCCGGUUCUCCAUUCAGAUGUUCAUGUUUGCUGGGAAUUACGAUCUAGUCUUCCUGCACUGUGAGGUGCAUCUCUGUGACUUCCUCGAGGAGCUGUGCCAGCCGUCUUGCUCCAGAAACAGACUUGGCAGUGACGCAGCGGCCAUUGACCCAGCCCAUAUCCUAGAUUUGGGACCCAUCACGCGGAAAGGUGGCCAGUCUCUCGGUGUUAAGGGUGGAGCCCCCAGAUCCACAGAGUUGUUCCUGGCGACCUGGACUCUACUUCUCCUGCCUGUUCUGCUUGCGUGGCUCUUCUGA